AUCAAAAUGCCUGUGAUGGAGAAGCUCAAGAUGUUCGUUGUUAAAGAACCAGUUGUCGCUGCUUCAUGUCUCAUCGCCGGCUUUGGUUUUUUUCUUCCUGCUGUUGUAAGGCCUAUUCUGGACUCAUAUCAAACAACCGAGCAUCCUCCUCAACCUACUUUGAGUGAUGUGGUUAAAGGUAUGGCAGGUCAAAAGUAAGCUGAUUUACUUGAGAUACAAGUGAAUAAUU